CUCAUUUCUGCAGGUACAUAUCAAGGCCAAUGGCAAAGAGGCACUCGGCAUGGUUAUGGUGUGAGGCAGAGCGUACCUUAUGGACUGGCCUCACAUUACCGUCCCAAGGCCUUACGAGCAUCCCUAACGUCCUUAAGAAGUGAGAACGAAGAUGAGCAGGUUGUCAAAAAUCGGGAUCGUAAGCUCGAUGAGAGCCGUGGCGGGUUUGUGUUGAAAGCUCGAAGUGAUGAGACCCCAACUCAGCCUCGACGUUCCAUCUUUGACAAGCAAGGAAAAUACAGUUUGCGCAAGACUCUCAUGUCUGGCCUGAAACUGAAAAAACAGAAAAGUACUGGUGAUAUAAAUGAUUCUCCGAAGCGUCAAAGCGGAUCCGUUCGUAGCACCAUCAGCAACAUUAGCCAUGUUAGUGCUGACUCCACACAGUCUGGAAUGACCAACACAUCGAUGUACACAGAUAGCAAUCUAAGCUUUGUGAGUCAGGACGAUAUCACAGACAUCAAUGUAACAGAAAGCUAUAUGGGGGAGUGGAAGAACGACAAACGGUCUGGUUUCGGUAUCAGUGAGCGAUCAGAUGGCCUCAAGUAUGAAGGGGAAUGGUAUAAUAACAAAAAAUAUGGAUAUGGGGUCACCACUUUUAAAGAUGGCGCCAGGGAAGAAGGAAAAUAUAAAAAUAAUAUUUUGAUAUCUUCUGGGAAGAAAAAUAAACUUUUUUUGAUACGGACCUCUAAACUUCGUGAGCGUGUGGAUAACGCACUUGUUUCUGCACAAAGAGCUGCACAGAUAGCAUUACAGAAAGCUGAUAUAGCAAUCACUAGAAUGGCUAAUGCCCGUUCAAAAUCAGAGCAAGCUGAUCAUGCUGCGUCAUUGGCUGGUCAGGACUCAGAUAUUGCACGUAUGAAAGCUAAAGAAUAUGCUCCAGAGUUUAUCCAACCUGGAACUGAUAUUUUGAAUAAGAAAUUACAAGAAAACCCAGAAGAUAAUGAAUAUUGCCAUAUGAAGAUUCUUCCAAAUAACCAUUCUGCACAUCAAAGGUCAAAAAAUAUAAUGGGGCAUCAGUCACCAGAUGACUUAAUGGAGUCUUCCCACAUUGGAUUAACCGCUGGCCUUGAUUCUACUCUUCCAGGCAGCUACAACCCUGGUAUGCCAGAUGGUAUGAACUAUUUAAAUGAUGCCUAUCCACACACCCAGUUAUCUGCCACACGAAACACUGAAAAAACUGCAAUAUCAAACACUCAACCCUCUCGUAGCCCUUCUUUGAAAAUCCGUAGGUAUAGUUUUCUUGCAGGCUCAAGAAGAGGAAGAGGAUUCAGUGAAUUAUUCAACUCUACGAUUCUGAACGACCAUUUUGAUCAGUAUUGUUCAGCCGUCAAAGAUGAUAGCUUGGGUAGAGACCUUCUGAAUACGGCCAGUCAUCAGCAGCAGCAACGUCAUCAUCAUCAACAACAACAACAAUUAAAGCAACAACAGCAACAGCAGCAGCAGCGGAGUUGUGGUCCUGCAAGUGAUACCUCACCAGAUUCAGGAGUGUCGGAAACAAUGGAAGAGGAUAGCAAACACCGUCCAUUGCAGAGGCGCCGUACGCUGCCCUGCAUAAUUAAGCGAGAUGAAGAAGCCGAGAAUGAGAAACAGCAUUUAAAAGAAAAUCAGGCAGCAGUCAGUAGUGAAAACUUGGCGACAAAGAACCCAGAGACAAUUGUCAUUGAAAAUGGUAUAAGGAAAAGAAUCAAAACAGAGACCAACAGACAAAAUAAUGCUGACAGUGGGGUGCCAAUUAAAUCUUACACUAUUGAAAGCCAAAGGAAUUUAACUAAAGUUUGUAAUCCUGGUAGUCUCCCCGACAUUAAUAUUAUCAAGACACGGUCUUUGAUAAAACCGAUGCCGAGAGAAGAAGCUUAUAAGUUGUCGUCUCAGAGAAGAGAAGAGCUCCGUCACUUACAAGAGAUUGAUGAGCGCCGUAAGCAAGGCGAUGUGUCUGUUAUUCUUGGUGAUGUCAAGGUUUGCAUUGCCUUCAGUAGUAAUACCAUUUCAUAA